AUGGACCCGUCGACGAGGAACGCGGCGACGAUGGAGGCGUUCGCGCGCGCGGCGACGGCGAGCGGGACGCGCUGGCGGACGGGGAGCGGGGCGCUGGCGGACGCGUUGGUAGAGCGACGUUCGACGACGCUGAUCGAUGUGCGAUCGCCGGGUGAGUACGGGAAGGGACACGUGCCGGGGGCGGUGAACGCGCCGUUGUUCCUGGACGACGAACGGGCGGCGGUGGGGACGGUGUAUAAGAAGGUUGGGCGAGGGGAGGCGCUGGUGCUGGGGAUGAAGUGCGCGGCGCCGAGGUUAGGGGACAUCGUGCGCGCCGCGGAGGCGGCGUGCGCGUCCACGAGGGCGAUCGACGACGGUGAGGGGUGUGAUGAUGUGUACGUGAUGUGCUUUCGAGGCGGGAUGCGGAGCUCGUGCGUUGGAUGGUUGCUCAAGGAGCGUUUGCCGGGGAAGCGCAUACGCGUGAUCGAGGGCGGAUACAAAGGGUUUCGUAAGUGGGCGCUCGAGCGGUGCGGACCGUUCGGGGGCGUUCCCGCCCCGCGCGUGUGCGUCAUCGGUGGUCGCACCGGCGUCGGGAAGACUCGAGCGCUGUUGGCGCUACAGAAGAGAGGCGAACAAAUUAUCGACCUCGAGGGACUGGCGAACCACGCCGGGAGCGCGUUCGGUUGGGUCGGGCGCGAACCGCAGCCCACUUCGGAGCACUACUCCAACCUCGUCGCGUGCAAGUGGCACUCGCUGGAUCCGAACAAGUGGGUGUUCAUCGAGGACGAAGGUCCGCACGUCGGUAGGUGCUCGGUGGAUCCGCUCCUGUUUGAGCGCAUGCGAAACGCCCCGCUUGUGCUUCGCAUGUUGGCGUCGCGAUCGAUUCGUCUACACACCCUGGUCCAGGAUUACGCCACACCUGAGCUUCGUUCGAACCCUGAGUGGUUGCCGACGAUGCGCGAGAGUGUGGAAAAGCUCGGAAAGAGACUCGGAGGCGACCGCGUCGCCGCCAUCCAAGCCAAGCUCGAGCGCGGCGACUUUAGCGCCGUCGCCGAAGGUCUCCUCGAGUACUACGACAGUCUCUACGACAAACACUUGAUGAAUAAGCGCAAGGACCGCCGUAAGACGAACCUCAACGGCGCGUCGGAUGCCAUAGAGGACGAGGUCGGUUCCGUCACCUCGCGCACCUCGGACUCGCGCGAGGACGAAGCCCGUUCUGGAGCCGUCGUCGACGUCCAGUGCGUCGCCAACCCCACCGGCGCGCUCGACGACGACGCGCUCGCUCUCGAUAUCCUCGCCGCCGUCGCCGAGUUCGACCGAACGCUCGACGUCGUCCCAGAGUAG